CAACAAACUAACACUAACACUACUUGUGAAACAUACAUAAACUGAAUAUCGAUUUUCCCGCUGAAUUGAAACUAAACAUUAUCAAUAACGAUUUGAUCACAUACACUAAGCAAUAAUGAUACUAUAAAAAUGUCUACUUCAUUAAUGAUGCAUGAGAAUCUUUUAUAUAACAACACUGAAGAAGGCGAAGAAUCACAGCAACAACAACAACAACAACAUUUACACUAUCAUGAUACUACUGAUAAUAAUAAUAAUAGCAGUAGUAUUACUAGUACUAAUCAGAAUUUAACGUUAAACGAUGAAUUCAUCAAACAAACAGACUCUUCAAUGGAAUCAGUGAAUUCUAUUAGAAAUAAAUUAUUAUUUCCAGCAUUUUUAUCAAAUAACUUUUCAUCAACAUCAUCAUCUUCAUUGGCGAAAUCAAUGAAUAAUAGUCGAUUACAUCAGCCACAACAACAGCCACAACCACCACAAUCCCAAUCCCAAUCUCAACAACAACAGCAGUCAUUGUUGAAUGAGACUUUUCAUCAGCAUCAGCAUCAGCAUCAUCACCAGCAGCCGCCGCAUCAUACCACCACGAAUGUGUUAAUGUCACGUGAAGAAGCGUUGGUCACACUGACCGAGAAAACUUCUUAUCCAAUAUUACAAGAAAAUGGUCAACGAUGCUAUGGUCCACCACCAAAUUGGCAUGGACCAAAACCACCAAAAGGUUGUGAAGUCUUUAUUGGGAAAAUACCACGUGAUUGUUUUGAAGAUGAACUAGUGCCAAUAUUUGAAUUAGUAGGCAAAAUUUACAUGUUUCGUUUAAUGAUGGAUUUUAGCGGUUGUAAUCGUGGCUAUGGAUUUUGUAUUUACACAAAUCGUGAUGAUGCCAAACGAGCUGUCAGUGAAUUGGAUUGUUAUGAAAUACGUAAAGGUAAAAUGUUAGGUGUUUGUUUUAGUAUUGACAAUUGUCGUCUAUUUAUCGGGGGUAUACCGAAAUCGAAAACUAAAGAUGAAAUUAUGUUUGAAAUGUCUAAAGUGACUGAUGGUGUAAAAGAUGUGAUUGUUUAUCCAAGUGUAGCGGAUAAAACAAAGAAUCGAGGAUUCGCGUUUGUCGAGUAUGAAAAUCAUAAAACAGCUGCGAUGGCUCGACGUAAAUUAAUUCCAGGACGAAUUCAUUUAUGGGGACAUCAAAUUGCUGUCGAUUGGGCAGAACCAGAACGUGAAGUUGAUGAGAAUAUUAUGUCAAAAGUUCGUAUAGUGUAUGUCAGAAAUUUAAUGCUGGAUACAACUGAAGAUGUGGUAAAAAAUCAUUUCAAUCGAGCAAUCGGUGCAGUCGAUGCUGUGGAACGUGUUAAAAAAAUUCGUGAUUACGCAUUUGUACAUUUUCGUGAUCGACUAAGUGCAACGGCUGCAUUAAAACAACUACAUGGUACUACAUUGGAUGGUGCACGAAUCGAAGUGACUUGGGCUAAACCCGCUGAUAAAAAUGAUCAUUCGAAAAUCGGUCAUAAUUCUCAAUCAAUUUUAGCAAUUAGUCAAAACCACAGUAAUCACAAUAAUAAUAAUAAUAACAAUAAUAAUAAUAAUAUUAGUAGUAUUCAUUGUAACGGUUUCCAUUUACCCGGAUUCAUCAAUUAUCCCAAUAAUAGUAGCUCGUGUCUAUCAUUGGCGGCUACUCAACAACCAAGAGCAUUGUCAUUGAUCUCAUCGUCAUCACCGGCAGCAGCAGCAUCUUCGUCAUUCAUCAGUCCAUUGAAUACAUUGACCAUGGCGUCGACCUCAUCAUCAUCAUCACCACCAUCCGAUCUAUUCAUUCCUAAUCUCUUCUCAAACUAUGCAGCACCAUUACAACAAUUGCAUCAGUCAAAUUUGUAUCCCUUCUCUUCAUCCUUGCUCAAUCAAUCGAUUUUUUCGUCAAACUCAUUUCAUUCACCCCAUCAUACUCCUCCUGCUCCUGUUCAUGCAGCUCUUAGUAGUUUUCUCACACAACCAACAAUGACAACAACAGUAACAACACCAACACCAACACCAACAACAACAACCAAUCUACGUGAUCAUCAUCACCAUCAUCAGGGUCGUCAACAUUAUAAUACAUUGUUGACCAAGCAUAUUGUUGAUCGUCAUCACAAUUCACUUACAUCCAACUUUUCCUCUGUCUUCUUCUCAUCACCCUCACUGCCAUCGUCAUCGUCCUCCUCAUUAUUGAUACCACCAUCUUCAUCUUCUAUUCUGUCAUUGAUUAAUCCAAUGCCUACAUCAUUUACUGCCGCAGCUGCUGCUAUCAAACAAUCGAACAAGGAUACCGCAGCGGCCGCCGCAACCCCCACCGCCAUCCAGAAUGAUAAUCAUCAUCAUCAUAAUCAGAAUACAGAUAAAAAUAUUUUAAUGCAUAAUCGAACCACUACUAACAAAACCUCAUCAGUAUUGAAUCGAAUUCGUUUAAAUGAAUUAUGCAAAUCACUUUCAUCAUCAGUGAACAUUGAAAAGAAUAAUAAUAAUAAAAUGCAGAAAUGUUCAAACUUCGUACCAUUGUUCAGCAAUAAUAAUAAUAAUAACAAAAAUAAUAAUUCAGGUUUUAAUAAACAAUCGCAACCUCCCUCAUUAUUACUGAAUCCGUCCAUAUUGAAUAAAAAUGAUGCAUUGAUGAGUUCUCCGGAAAAAAAUAAUUCUUUUCCGGCGGAUCAUAGUAAUUUGCCAAAACAUUUGUUAAUUUCCAAUCAAAAGAACUGGAAUGAGAAAUUAGUUUUCAAUGUGGACAAUGUUAAACCAGUGAAUUCUUCGUGUCAUUUCAUGAAUGACGGUCAACAGACAACUAGUACUACCACUACUACUACUACUGCUACUACCACUACCACUAAUAAAUUAUUGAUAGAUAUUUGUAUGAAAAAUGGACUUGGUCUGCCGAAAUUUACUGUUUUAACACAAAGUUGUAUUGAUCAAUUGCAUGGGAAUAAAAUGAAUUUAUACAUUGGACAAGUUUUUCUGCCUGUUAUCAAUCGUCAAAUUACUUCCAAGUAUCCAUCACCAACAGAAGAAAAAUCAUUGGAGUCAGUUAGUGAAUUGGCAAUUAUUUGGCUAGCGAAUUAUUAUUUCAUGAAUAAUAAUAGUAAUAGUAAUAGUAAUAAUAAUAAUAAUGACAAUAAAAUUAUCAAUAAUAAUAACCAGAAUGAUCAAAACUAUAAUUUAUCUAAUUAUAACAAAUCAAUCAAUACUAUCUCACCUCUUCCUUCAUCUUCCUUUCAUCAUCCUUAUCAACAAAAUCCACUUUUCCAUUCAUCCAAUCCACAUAGUUUGAUAAUGUCCAGUAUCAAUAAUAAUAAUAGUAAUAAUAAUAAUAAUAAUAAUAUUUAUUCAACGAUAUCCUUUAAUUACACUAAUCCACCAAGUCUAAUGAGUCCACCUUCUCCCUAUUGUCAUUCCUACUCAUCUUACAGUAGUUCAUCCCAAGUACCACCAUUCAAUAAUCAAUUUACCACAACAGAUAAUACUAUUACUACUACAGUAGACGAAUAUCAUCAUCAUGGUAAACAUUCACUUAUGAAUAUGAUGUGUGAUUCAAAUCAAACUCACUUGAUGAAAUCGUCGUCAACAAUGUCGACUGAUUUAUUAAACAUGGAUUCCAAUUAUCACAAAAAUACUACUCAUCGCGAUAAUAUGAAUAACAAUGAUGAUUUGAUGAUUUAUAACUCAGCACUUUUCUAUGAUGAUGACGAUGAUGAUCACAAUAAUACUACUAAUAAUGAUAAUCAUCAUAUUCAUAUAAAUUCUCCUAAUUCAAACAAUUUCUUUCUCAACAACAACAUCAAUAACAGAUUUAAUUAUAUCAAUAGUGAAUUGUCGUCAAAUGUCAAUUUUUUUAAUGAGAACAAUUUAAAAUUCAAUCCGUUUGUUAUUAAUUCUGAUAUUGUAAACACUUCACCGUUUGUUGUUUCGUUAAAUUCAUCUACUACUACUACUACUACUGUUACCACUACUACUACUGUUACCACUACCACUACUACGACUACUACUACGACUACUACCACUUCGACAACGACUAUUAGUCAUAUUAAUAAUACUAAUAAUCAUGUGAAAUUAUCUGUUGUACCAAUAAAUCAUGGUGUUAUAAUAAAUCAGGACAAUACUACUAUAACUACUACUAAUACAACUACAACUACAAAUACAAAUAUUUAG